UGCUGAUCUAAUCAAAUCAAUUACUACUACUGCUGCUGCUACUUACCGGUCUGCUACACCAUUUCAUUUCGGCCAUCCCCCAACCGGGAAAAAAAAGAAAAGGAACAACCUACCUUGAUUAAAAAAAGUCUAAAAAACUGCAUAUUAGAGAGGAGUGCAUUAUCAACAAAGCAACGCUCUAAAAUAACGAGUACUUUUUCCUCACACCAGUUCUUUCCAACUCACCCCUCCUUCCUCCUCCUCCUCUUUUCUCUUUUUCUCCUUUCCACCCAUAUUUUUAUGUUCCCAUCCUGUCAUCUCAAUUCCUAGGCCUCUCUCGGUAUUUCAUCCUAAUUGGUUCGUUCUGCUGCACUUCGACAAUUUCAGAGACUUUGAUUGAUGGUACUAGUUUGAAAGUUGUGCACUUCUCUUUUUCUUCCCUACAUUUCUCAAAGAAUUGGGAAUGGCAACGGCUGCGGCGCCGGAGGGUGGAGGAGGGGCUGCAUUGGCAUUCUCGGUGGCGUCUGUAGUCGAGGACGUUCUUCAACAGCACGGCAACCGAUCCCGAGAUCUUGAUUUGGAUGCCCGCAGAGCAGAGGAAGCCGCCAUCCGAAGAUACGAGGCUGCUGCUUGGCUGAGAAAGAUAAUUGGGGUCGUUGGUGCAAAAGAUCUGCCAGCAGAACCUUCUGAGGAUGAAUUCAGGCUCGGCCUAAGAAGUGGGAUAAUUCUCUGUAAUGUGCUUAAUAAGCUCCAACCUGGAGCCGUCCCAAAGGUUGUCGAAAGCCCUUGUGAUGCCGCACUUAUUCCAGACGGAGCGGCUUUGUCUGCAUACCAGUACUUCGAGAACGUAAGGAACUUUCUGGUAGCUGUACAGGAGUUGGGGAUCCCCUCCUUUGAGGCAUCUGAUCUUGAGCAAGGAGGGAAAUCCUCAAGGGUUGUUAAUUGUGUCUUGGCACUUAAAUCCUACGCUGAAUGGAAGCAGGCAGGAAGCAUUGGAGUUUGGAGAUUUGGUGGAAAUGUGAAGCAGGUGACAUCUGCAAAACAGUUUGGGCGCAAGAACCCCGAGCCAUUCACAAGCUCACUAUCAAGGACUGCAUCACUGAAUGAGAAAUCUGUGAACUGUGCAUCAACUGAAAAUGAACCUAACAAAGAGCACAACUCUUCCUUGAGUAUGCUUGUCCGUGCAGUUUUGUUAGAUAAGAAGCCUGAAGAAGUUCCAAACCUUGUGGAAUCUGUGUUAAAUAAAGUUGUGGAGGAGUUUGAACAGCGCAUCGCAAGCCAAAUUCAACUGCAGAAAGCAACUUUAAAAGAUUCAACUAUCCGUCAUGAAAAUAAACCAUUCUUAAACAAUGCUUCUGGCAAUGUAAAGGUUGGAAAUAAAAAUGCCACAUUGGUGAAGAAGGAUAAUUGCUUUCAGAAAAGCUAUAACCCUGAUGAACAGUUGAAAGUAUCCAUGAAGCAGCAAAUGAUUGUUGACCAACAAGAGAGAGAUAUUAAGGAGCUAAAGCAAACUCUUUCUACAACAAAAGCUGGGAUGCAGUUCAUGCAGUCCAAGGUUCAUGAGGAAAUUCAAAAUCUUGGCCUGCACAUUCAUGGGCUAGCUCAUGCUGCUUCUGGUUAUCAUAGAGUUCUCGAAGAAAACCGCAGACUUUACAACCAAGUGCAAGACCUUAAGGGAAGCAUCAGGGUCUACUGUCGAGUGAGACCAUUCUUGCCACGACAAAACAAUCAUAUUAGCACUGUUGAUCAUAUAGAAGAAGGAACUAUUACAAUAAAUACACCAGCAAAGCAUGGAAAAGGGAGGAGGUCUUUUAAUUUCAAUAAAGUGUUUGGGCCCUCAGCCACUCAAGAGGAAGUCUUUUCAGAUACUCAGCCACUGAUUAGAUCAGUUCUUGAUGGAUACAAUGUUUGUAUAUUUGCUUAUGGGCAAACAGGAUCAGGGAAAACUUACACCAUGAGCGGUCCUAAAGAUUUGACAGAGGAAAAUCAAGGGGUAAAUUACAGGGCUUUGGGUGAUUUAUUCCUUCUUGCUGAACAAAGAAGGGAUACUUUCUACUAUGAUGUAUCCGUUCAGAUGAUCGAGAUAUAUAAUGAGCAAGUUAGGGAUCUCUUGGUUACUGAUGGAAUUAACAAAAGAUUAGAAAUUCGAAACAAUUCUCAGACAGGACUAAAUGUUCCUGAGGCAAGCCUGGUUCGUGUAACAUCAACUUACGAUGUUAUUGAUUUGAUGAACCUGGGACAAAGGAACCGUGCAGUGGGUGCAACAGCACUGAAUGACCGUAGUAGCCGCUCUCACAGUUGCUUAACGGUUCAUGUCCAAGGAAGGGACUUGACUGCUGGAAACAUUCUCCGUGGCUGCAUGCAUUUGGUUGACUUGGCAGGAAGUGAGAGAGUGGACAAAUCUGAAGUGACUGGAGAUAGACUAAAAGAGGCACAACAUAUCAACAAAUCACUUUCUGCUUUGGGUGAUGUGAUCUCUUCCCUUGCUCAAAAGACUGUGCAUGUCCCUUACCGAAACAGUAAACUCACCCAGUUGCUCCAAGACUCACUUGGAGGACAGGCCAAGACACUAAUGUUUGUUCACGUAAGCCCUGAGCCUGAUGCCAUAGGGGAGACAAUUAGUACACUCAAAUUUGCAGAGCGUGUAGCUACUGUUGAACUUGGUGCUGCACGAGUGAACAGAGAUUCUGCUGAUGUAAAAGAUCUUAAAGAACAGAUUGCCAGCCUGAAGGCUGCAUUAGCACAGAAAGAAGGGGAUACAGAGAUGAAGCAGCUAAAGAUAUCUAGUAGUCCAUAUGCUAUGCGGCCUCAAGAAAGAGACAUGUCAACCAAUUAUAACAGCCAGAGGAAACCUAUGGGGGAUGUGGGCAAUAUAGAGGUUUGUAGCAAUUCGGCAUUAAGGCAAAAAAAGCAAAGCUUUGAUCUUGACGAGCUACUGGGAAAUUCUCCUCCCUGGCCCCCAGUCACUGAUAGUCGUGUAGACUACAUGGAGGAUGAUAAAGAAAUGGGCUCAGGCGAAUGGGUGGACAAGGUCAUGGUAAACAAGCAAGAUCCUAUAAAGGGGGCUGAUAGCCCAUUAGAGUGCUGGGAAGAAAAUGGCACCAAUGAUUUUUACCAGAAAUAUCUUUCAAAUUCUUCUGGUUUGUAUUCGGAUAAAGCUUAUAAAUUGCUUCAAGGAAACGGUCGGUUAGAGGUUGCUGCUACUGAUGAUUUGGACGAGCUUGAUGCUGCAACUAGUGAUUCAUCUGAGCCAGAUUUGCUUUGGCAGUUAAAUCAUUCAAGACUGAAUAGUUUCACCAGUGAAAGUGGAACAAAGAUCCAGAAACAAAAUCCAAAGCAAGCAAACAACUCAAACUUAAGGAGCUUGGUUCCAAAACUAGGCCCUUCACCAUCACGAAAAAUGAGUAAUGGGCUUAGUCACCCACCUUUACAGAAUGGGAGGCAGGCGGGUGCUCGUGAAGUGAAGAGAAAGAAUGGGACAAGGAAGUAACGAAGGUGUUUGAGGCCCUUGCGAUUUGCAAAUAUCUAAUUCAUGAUUUUUUAUUUUUUUUUCAAUUAUUUGUGUGUUUUGAGAGAGAAGAGAGUUUUAUUGAAAUUUUCCUUUCUUUCAUAUUUCUGAGGCUACCUUCACUAUGUACAUUAGUGCAGCAAUAAUUCCAGUUGCUUGCUUAAUUCACUAUACAUUGUGUACAAGACCAAAGAAAAAUGGAACAAUGAAUACCAGCUGUUGGAAGCAGAAAAGUAGAUAGAAUUUUCAGA